AUGCAAUGGAAGGUGGGUGAUAUAAAUGGAAGAGUAGUCGCUGGUGGAAAUGGCGAAGGAAGCCGUGUGGAUCAAUUGACACAUCCAACCAAUGUGUUGAUUGACAAGGAGACAGAUAGUCUCAUUAUUUGUGAUUAUGGCAAUGAACGAAUCGUUCGAUGGUCUCUUCGCAAUGGCACAACUCAAGGAGAAGUCCUCCUUAACGGUACUUGUUGUUCUGGAUUAGCUAUGGAUGAACAGAGAUAUCUCUAUGUCUGUAACUGCGAGAAACAUGAAGUCAGACGAUAUCGAAUUGGAGACAAAAAUGGAACUCUCGUUGCUGGCGGAAAUGGCAAAGGUGCUGAUCUCAAUCAGCUCAACAUCCCCUUAUGUCUCGUUGUCGAUCGACAACAAGCUAUCUACGUAUCCGACUAUGGAAAUCAUCGUGUAAUAAAAUGGAAUAAAAAUGCGGCAGAAGGCAUCGUUGUGGCCGGUGGUCAAGGCAACGGAACUGCUCUGACACAGUUGUCAGGCCCUGCAGGAUUGUUCGUCGAUACAUUGGGUACUCUCUAUGUUGCAGAUGCGCCCAAUAAUCGAGUGAUGCGUUGGCGUCAAGGAGUGACACAAGGCACUAUGAUUGUGGGUGGGUUUGGAGAAGGAGCAGGAGCAAAUCAGUUCAAAAUGCCAUAUGGUUUGUCCUUCGAUCGACAUGGUAAUCUCUAUAUCAGCGACAGUUCAAAUUCUCGUGUUCAACGUUUUUCUCUCGAAUAG